AUUGGCUAUUUAACUCAAAGUAAACGAAGGAGUACCUAGCGGAAGAAGUUACAGCAGUCACCCUGCUGCAGCCAGAGCAAUAAUAAGCCACAGUGACACGAGAUAUGUCUGCAGGUUGUGUGAGAUGGAUGCUAAGCCAUGCAGUGAGAACAGUGUCUGGUGGGAGUCCUGUCUAUAGACCACCAGCAUUAAGAUUUACAGUAUGCAGCGAAAGAUAUAACAUCAUUACUGCCGCCUGGAGAUGGUCUGCUUUCUCCACUAAAGAACACAAUACAGAACAAACUCCAGGCGCACCAAAGAAGAAGCAAGAUUCCCGAGGUAAUCCCUCGAUCACCAGCGUCGGCCGUAAGAUCCCUCAGCGUCAGAUACAAGUGAUAAGUGCAACUGGUGAGAACCUGGGCCUCAUGCACCGUGCAGAUGUGAUCAGAAUCAUGGAUGAGGAGGGUCUCAAAUUGGUGCUACUCAGUGAAAACAAAGACCCACCGGUCUACCAGCUGAUGAGUGGCAAACAGAUCCACGAGGAGCAGCUGAAAAUGCGGGAGAAGAAGAAAGAGAAAGGAGCUCCUGUGCAGGUGAAGGAGCUCAGCUUUUCGUCUGGAAUCGCAUCUCACGACCUCGCCACCAAGCUGAAACAGGUGGAGAACUGGUUGGAGAAGAAACACCACGUGAGGAUCACUGUGCGGGCAGGACACGGCGAACCUGCAGUUAACCUGGAUGCCACUCUGGAGCAAAUCGUGGAAAAAAUGGAAGUAAUGGUGGGAUUUGUCUCUAAGCCAAAAGCAAUACGUGAUGGUCAAGCAGCCAUGUGCAUCCUCCGACCGCCUUCAGCAAAGGAACUGUCACAAAAAGGAGAGAACAAGGCUGCAGUGCCACAGCCUGCCAGCUCCACUUUAAAGGCCACUCAGAGUGAAACGUCCCCUGUUGGCAGCACGGACACAACAGAAGGGUCCGUACAGCAUUGAUGUGACAGAAAUAAAACUUUUUCACAAAAGCAAGUUGGAGUCUGUGCCUACAUGCCACAGCUUGGUUGCUCAGUCAGACUCUGUUGUUUAAAAGUAUAUAACCCAGAGCAUGGAUGGACAACUGAAUGAGGCCCAGGGGCCGCCAGACCACAGAUCCAAGGGGUCAUUGUGCCUGAGGUCGAGGGGCAUUUCAAAGAGACGCCAAACAGCUACAGACAACCAAACAAUUAAGACAAAAUGACAUAAGAGUCACAAAAUGACUGGAUAGAAAUCUACAAACAACAAAAUAACAGUGAAGAAACAUACCCAGAUAACAAACACAUAAAAUAUGUACAAAUACAAAAAAAUAUUUUAUGGAGACAGCCACCAAAAGAAAAAAUGACUUCAAAUACAUGUAAAAUAACCACAA